ACAUGAUAAGUCCGCGCCGCGUUUCUGUUGUUAUUCUGACUCGGCUGGAGAAAGGAAAAAUGUCUCCAAAAUCCAAAAGCUCCUGCUGAAGUGACUGAUCUUCAUGUGAAACACUGUUAUAAAGAUGGCGCUUGUUAAAGAGGAGUGUGAUGACGUGAAGAUUGAAGAAGUAAUAAUUAAGCAGGAAGAUCUGGAGGAGCAAACAGACCUGAAGCCGUUUGUGUGCGAUCAAUGUGGAAAGAGUUUCCCACACAAAGAGACCUUUAAUACUCACGUGAGUCUUCACUGUGGAGAGAGGCGUAACCCCAGUCGGUGUGGGAAAACUUCUGAAACGAAGAAAUCUACUGGCACUGAAGCUUUCAAGUGUUGUCAGUGUGAAAAGAGUUUUAAACUCAAAAGCACCUUUAAAAAGCACGUACAAAUUCACUUUAAAGAUGGCUGCUUUACAUGCCAGCUGUGCGGAAAGAGAUGCAACGAAUGGGGAUUGUUUGAGCAGCACGUGAGAGUUCACACCGGAGAAAAACCUUUCAGCUGCCAACAGUGCGGGAUGAGUUUCAAUCUGAAAGCGCACCUCCAAAGCCACACCAGAGUUCACACUGGAGAGAAACCGUUCACGUGCCAACAAUGUGGGAAAAGUUUUUCUCAAAUCCAUAACCUUAAGGCCCACAUAAGAGUUCACACCAGAGAAAAACCGUUUCCCUGUCACGAGUGCGGAAAGGGGUUUUCUCAUUCGCAGAACCUUAAAGUCCACAUGAGAACUCACACAGGAGAGAAGCGGUUUACCUGCCAGGAGUGCGGGAAGAGUUUCAGUCAACUAGGGAGCGUUCGAGUCCACAUGAGCAUUCACACCGGAGAAAAGCCUUUCAGCUGCCAAGAGUGCGGAGCCAGCUUCAGAACACAACCGAACCUCAAUGUCCACAUGAGAGUUCACACUGAAGCCAACAAGUUCACCUGCCAAGAGUGUGGAGCGAGUUUCAGUCAAAAAGGAGGCCUGACGAUCCACAUGAAAAUUCACACCGGAGAAAAGUCCAAAAAUAAGAAAGAUAAAUAAUCUUGUAUUUCCUUUUCCUUUUCUUACUCCAUUGGCAGAUUAUUUUGCGUUUUUUAUAGCAAAACUCGCUUCAUUUUAGGCAAUUAUUUCUGAAAAUAAGACGAUAUGUUUUGCUUCACUCUGAUGGUAAAGCAUUAAAUUCACUUUAAACUCUUUUAUUUAUUACUCCUCUCCAAAUAUUCACACUUGUGCCUUUGCUACCAGAGUAGAACUACAUUACCCACAAUCUCCUGCACUGAUUACACACUCGCCUGUUCCCCAUUAUCUGGACUAUUAAAGCCACACUCGAGCUGACGCUCAUUGCGAAGUCAAGUAUUUCCUGGCUGACAUUACUGAGGGUUUUCUCUCAUUCUGUGAUCAUUUAGGUAGUGGUGGGCAAAGCGAGGCUUCAUGAAACAGUUGAAUCAAAUGCGUCGAAGCUUCGAAACCCCACUCUAUAGUAACAGUUACGCAAAAUGAGGUAUUAAACCCCAUGUUGUAGAGAUGGGGUUUCAACUGAUUUAGUGGACUAUUGAGAGUUCCAGACUAGCAUGCAGAGAUAAUGGGUUCGAACCCAGUGUGAUGCAGCUAUAGAUGUUGGGUUUUAAAUGCUCAGUUCUUCUAACGUGUUUUGUUUUAACAUUGGUCUGACAUCUGAACGAACACUUUGCGAAUAAAUAGGUCUUGUUUUGGUCAUAAAACAGGGUUGUUGCUAGAUCAGAUACAGUCGUGGCUGGAAGUUAAUGAAAAUUGUGUCAAAUUAUGCUAUAUUGAUGCCGUGUUCGCAGCUGUAUCUCAUCUAGACUUCACCAUAAGAGUAACAUUAUUAAAAUACAUAAAAUCAUAA